CCUUUAAAGCAGUCGUCUCGAAAUACCUGCCGGCUGAUUUUAUUUCCGCGCGCGCACACACGCUCGAGCCGGUGCGUUUGCUUCAAAAAUCCCCAAACAAUGUUCGACUUGAAGUUCUGUAUUUACUCUGUUUAAUGAACAAACAUUUCAUUCUACCUUUUAGUCUGUAGGAGACGGCAUAUUCAAUUAUAGUUAAGGCAGUUCUACAGUGUUAGUGAAAGUAACGUGUAAUAAUGGCGAUGGAAAACCAGCAAGACCUAUUUCAUUUUCAUUUCAGUGUAACACCAAAUAUUGUACUAAAUAGAAAUGAUAACAGGGAUAUUGGAAUGUACAUAGAAAACGCAGCACACGUGACCCACACGGUUGAGCAACCAAGCGUAUCGCAAGCUACGUCAUCAUUACAAGAUAUGAAAUUCAACCAACAAGGAUCACGUGGUGCAGUGAAGUCACGAAAACCAACGAUUGAAGAGAUUUUUGGUUCAGAUGACGGUCGAUUGCUGCAAGAAAAAAAGUAUUAUGAAGCUUAUGGCGUAUCAAAAAAUCGAAUUCAGUUCGACCCAGCUGUCAUUGGAUCUAAGGACCUGGUCAACCAUUACCGAUGUUGUAUGUUGGCUGAAAAGGGACAAGAAGCGAUUCGAAUUAAAGAACAACUAAAGAAUUUGUUUAAAGAGAAAUUCCAAACCACGCCGAAUGAAAUCGCCACAUUUGCUGACACUAUCAGGGGUGAAGGGAGAGACAUGGAAUCGAUUUUGUUUGAUCAAAUCGGUGCCGAGUUUUAUGGAAAUCAACCGAAAGCAGGUUUGGUCGGGAUAGUGUAUUGUGCAUUCGGGAUCAGAAAAUCUAUCGAGGCAAUGUUAUCACGUGAUAAAGAAUUGAAACCGAUCGUUCGAACCCACGUGAUUCCACUGAUGCGUUACAUGCGAGAAAUGAUUCGACGAUCUGAUGACGUCAGCGAGGAAGAUCGGUGUUUGCAAGAAGUGUGGUGUUUGAAUUAUAUCGGAUACACUGAGGGCUUGGUUAGUGAUUUCAGUGGUUGCGAAAAAACAUUGAAAGAAGCGAUCGCUAUAAUGAAAAGAGUGUUUGGGAAGAAAGCUGCAAAGUAUGCAGUGUACGGAAAUUGUUUGAACAGUCUCGGUGACACCUAUAGAAACACUUCCCGACCCAACGAUGCCUACCAGUGUUACCGUAGAGCAAUUGCAGCUUAUGAGAAAUCUGAGGAUAUCAACGAUGAUCAGAGAGCAAAAUGGAUUGGCGUAACCAAAGAAGGCAUGAAAGAUGCGAAAAGUAAAUGAAAUAACUCGUGAUAUUUGUCACAAUGAACGUUGUUGCAUAACCAACAUUUGAUAAUAUGAUUCAUUGUGUGUAUAUAAUAUAUAUUGUUUGACAAUUGUAACGUAUAUAUUAAUUGUGAUAACGUAUGUACACGUUAACUUAGGUAUCAUACAUAUGACACAUGAAACACAUGUUAUAUAUUUGUCACGUAAUCGUGCCGCAGGGUGACGUUAAAAAAAUUAUGCGGUGCACUACCCCCGUCUAGCGGUCUGUAAUUAAAGUCUAAUUUGGCGCAGUUUGUCGGUAAACAACUGUGCAGUGCACUACCGCCAACUAGCGGUUAGGAAAUAAAAUUAUGAUUUGCCGCAUAGUUUUAUUAUAUACAGUAUUAGUUCUCUAUGGUGCAACAGUAAAUUAAUUUCAAUUGGCCGCAGUGUGACGUUAAAGAAUUAUGCAGUGCACUAUCGAUUUUCUGUGCGAGGAAAUAAAUAAAAUUUAAGAGG